AUGGCGGGGGUGCCCCUGCUGCUGCUGCUGCUGCUGCCAAUGGGCACCGUGAGCCUGGAGCAGCUGGACCUGAGCAGGUGCCGCUUUGCCCUGGGGAUGCAGGACGGGUCCAUCCCCGACAGCCACCUCUCGGCCUCCAGCGCCUGGUCCGACUCCACCGCUGCCCAGCACGGCCGCCUUGGCCGCAGCGACGGGGACGGAGCGUGGUGCCCGGCGGGCCCCGUGUUCCCGCGAGAGCGGGAGUUCCUCGAGGUGGCUCUGUCGCGACUGCACCUCGUGACCUUGGUCGCGACUCAGGGCCGCCACGCGGGGGGGCACGGCCGCGAGUUCACCGCCUCCUAUCGGCUGCGCUACAGCCGCGACCGGCGGCGCUGGGUGCGAUGGAGGGACCGGUGGGGAGAGGAGGUGAUUGGGGGCAAUGAGGACCCCGAGGGGGUGGUGCUGAAGGACCUGGCCCCGCCCCCCGUGGCCCGCGCCCUCCGCAUCUACCCCCGGGCCCCCAGGGCCAUGAGCGUCUGCCUGCGCCUGGAGCUCUAUGGGUGCCCCUGGGAGGGAGGCCUCGUGUCCUACACGGCUCCACAUGGACAAGUGAUGGUCCUGGACCCAGCACCCAUUGUCCUCAAUGAUUCCACCUACGAUGGAUACAGCCUCGGCCCGCUGCAGUUUGGGGGCCUGGGCCAGUUGUCCGAUGGGAUCCUGGGCCUGGACGACUUCACCCGGAGCCGGGAGCGGCGCCUGGGGCCCGGCUAUGACUACGUGGGAUGGAGCCGACCCCCAGGGCCUCGGCCCCACCUGGAGCUGGAGUUCGAGUUCGAGGCCCUCCGGAGCUUCCGAGCCAUGCAGGUCCACUGCAACAACAUGCACACCUAUGGGGUGAGCAUCUUCAAGGGGGUGGAGUGUCUCUUUAAGAAGACCUUGGCCACUCCUUGGGAGCCCACCCCGGUCACCCAUAGCCUGGCUGGGAGCAUGAAGGACCCCAGUGCCCGCUCCAUCACCGUGCCCCUCGGGGGGCGUCAGGCCCAGUUCAUCCAGUGCCAUUUCUUCUUCAAUGGGGAGUGGAUGCUCUUCAGUGAGGUCACCUUCUUCUCAGAUGUGGUGGAGGAGAGCGUGGGGUCCAGUGGGUGGCCUCCAGGCACUGCCCCUGAGCCCUCCGUGGGGGUCAUGGCCAUCCAUGAGGACCAAUGGCGUGGGGACAUGGCCACCAACGUCACAACACCAGCCCCAAUGGACCCCAAUGGAGGCCAACCAAUAGCCAAAGGCGAGCACAGCCCCACCUCCGUCCUGAUUGGCUGCUUGGUGGCCAUCAUCCUGCUCCUAUUGGGCGUCAUCAUCCUCAUCCUCUGGCGCCAGUACUGGAAGAAGAUCCUGGGCAAGGCUCUCCCCCAGGCGCGUCCAUCGGAGGCGGAGCUGCGGGUGCAGCUCUCGGGGCCCGGGGGCUCCAUCGGCGUCAACCACGGGGCUGCGGCGGCGGCGGCGCGGGGACCCCCCCGCUAUGAGAGGAUCCCCCCCGGAGAGGGGGGGUACCAGGAACCAAGGAGGGGAGCGGGGCCACACUCCCCCCCCCCAGCUCCCUUCACCAAUCCAGGCUACCGCCUCCUCCUGGCCACCUACGCCCAGCCAAUGGGAGGGCUCGCUCGGACCCCACCUGACGGGGCCAAGCCAAUCAACACCGACGGUGCCCCAGCCCCGGAGGGCGGAGCCGAGGCCUACGCCGAAGCUGACGUCAUCGGAGGCUCCGCCCACCCCGCGUCCGGCCCCGCCCCCUGCCCCGCCCUCCCGGCCUUCCCGCGCCAACGCCUGCGCUUCCGGCAGAAGCUGGGGGAGGGGCAGUUCGGAGAGGUGCUGCUCUGCGAGGUCGAGGAGCCGCCGGGGUCACGACCCCCGGCCCUGGCGCCAGGGCGCCCCCUGCUGGUGGCGGUCAAAGUGCUGAGGGGGGAGGCGACCCCGAGUGAGAGGCGGGACUUCCUGCAGGAGGCGCGCACCAUGGGGCGCCUGCGGGACCCCAACAUCGUGCGGCUGCUGGGGGUGUGCGGGGGGCCCGGCCCCCUCUGCAUCGUCACCGAGUACAUGGAGCACGGAGACCUGCACCGCUUCCUGGGCGGCCCCGCCGGCAGCGCCCUCAGCCUGCCCACACUGGUGCACGUGGGGGCUCAGAUCGCGUCGGGGAUGCGGUUCCUGUCGCGACUGAACGUGGUGCAUCGCGACCUGGCGACCCGGAACUGCCUGGUGGGGGCGGGCGUGACGGUGAAGGUGUCGGAUUUCGGCAUGAGCCGGCCCCUGUACGGGCGGCACUACUACCGAGUGCGGGGCAGGGCCCUGCUGCCCAUCCGCUGGAUGGCCUGGGAGUGCAUCCUCAUGGGCACCUUCACCCCCGCCAGUGACGCCUGGGCCUUCGGGGUGACGCUGUGGGAGGUGCUGACGCGGUGCCGGGAGCAGCCCUAUGGGGGCCUGAGCGACGAGCAGGUCAUUGCCAAUGCUGGGCACCACUUCCGGGCCCAGGGCAAGCAGGAAUACCUGCCGUGCCCCCCCGGCUGCCCCCCUGCUCUCCAUGGGGUGAUGCUGCGGUGCUGGGCCCGGGAUGCUGCCGACCGGCCGAGCUUCGGGCUCCUGCACCGCCUCCUGCGGGACCAAUCCGGGCUGGCCUGA